UGAGAGCAAGAUAGGGAGUAGAGGGAGAUGCCAGUAGCGAGAGAGAGAGAAAGAGAGAGAGAGAGAGAGAGUGCAAAAGAGGAUGUGUGUGGAGAGAAGAGGAGGAAUGGUUAUGGCAGAGAGAAGAAGGUAAAGAGCCUUUUUUGUUUGCUGAUCUACUGAAGACUGGAUAAGCAUCUUCUACCCACAAGGAGAGAAAGAAAGAGAGACGAGGAGAAGGAGGAAUAAGGAGAGGAACGGAGGAGGAGAGUGAGACGGAUGCUGAGAGAGAGGGAGAGAGAGACGGAGAAAAAGAAAGAGGGGGAGAGAGAGAGGGAUGCGGCAGCCAGAGUCCCUGCAGCUCACUGCCUUCUGUUAGUGACGCUUGAGCCGGCCGCUGCGUGUGUGUGUGUGUGUGUGUGUGACGUGUGUGGAUGUGUGGGUGAGCCAGCUUGUGUGUGUGUGUGUGUGUGUGUGUGUGUGCGUGCACAGCAGCAGCAGCAGUAGCGAGAGAAAGCUGGAUCACAAUGCUGACGUAUGCCUGAACCAGUGAGGGAAGACUCCCCACAGCUUUGCCUUUAAUUCUCCUCCUGAAACACACACACACGCUGACACACACACACGCACGCGCAUGCACGCUGAACAUGUGUGUGUGUGUGAUGAGCUGAUGAGGCAGUAGCUGCAGCAGCGUUCAGAGAGAGUGUGUGUGUGAGAGCGCGAGGGGGGGAGAGAGCAUCAUUCCUCCACAGAGCAGAGAGAAAGGUGGAGAGGGGGAGUCUCUGCUGCCACAGCCCAUCCCCGAGUGCCCGUCGCUGGGGUAGAGUGGGCCGGACACCGGUCUCUCCUGGAGGUGGAGGCUGGAGGUGGCGGAGGUGGCGGCAGGCUGAAGAUGGGACUCUUCCUCCCUCGUCUCGUGCCCGUCCUCUUCCUCACCCCCGCGUCGGCGGAGACACGACGCCAGGCAACCUCCCCGCGAGCAAACGGCUGUGACUGCGCGAGUGUGUGUGCGGAGUGUGUGAGCCCUCAAGCCACGGAGUGUGAGACGCAGACUCAGCACUGAGAGGUGUAUCAUUUUGUUUUUGUUAAAAAAGGGAUUGAAAAAGACAGGGAUUACCGGCCAGGGCCUCACCCCUGCAGAACCCACGACCGGAACGUGGGGAGAACCGGAGACAAGUGGAACACAGGUGUGUGCCUGCGUGUGUGUGUGUUGAUAUGGAUCCUCCUGAAGAGGAGCGGACAGUUCGCUUCCUGCAGUACGUGGAAGACAGCGGGAUGAAGUCCUACCACGGCCUGGUCCUGCAGAACGCCGCCGACAUCGCCCGCGAGAGUGACCGCGUACGCUCACACACACACCUCACCUACCUGCAGGAGAAGCACGAAAAGAAGAGGCGCCAGGAGGAGGCUAUCAAGAGGAUUGGUGAAGAUGUUGCCCGGGCAACAGAUGGAGUUGGCUACCCAGGGAAACACUUCCGCAUGGGUUUCAUGACGAUGCCAGCUCCUCAGGACCGCCUCCCGCCUGCUUGUGGGCCGGGUUUCACGGUUCGUUCCCAAUCACUGCACUCGGUGGGCGGGGCAGAGGAGGAGGGAAGCCCCACCUCCAGGAAGCAGCCACCCCCAAAACCGAAGAGAGACCCCAACACCAAGCUCAGCACCUCAUCUGAGACUGUCAACAAGGGCGACGGUAAGGCGCGGCCCUGUAGCGAGGAGUAUAAGCGUAUGCCGCCGCCAAAGCCUCGGCGCAGCCCCAACACGCAGCUCAGCACCUCUUUCGACGAGUCCUACAUGCGUAACCACGGCGACCCCUCACAACAGCGGCCUCCAUCACAGGGCGGGCGCAAGGCAUCGUCACAGACACAGAGCCCAGCCGUGGACACGGAGGAUGAGGAGGAGGAGCCCGUUUACAUCGAGAUGGUGGGCAACAUCCUGCGUGACUUCCAACGGAUCGCCGCGGCCGCCAACAGCGACGGCGACUACAUCGACGGUCAGGAGGAUGACGCCGGCGAGAGCGUGUACGAGGAGAUGAAGUACCCGGCGGCGUCGGUGUCCACAGACCUGCCAGGGGGUCUGGACUACGUGCCGGCAAUGCCGGGGGCCACGGCGGAGGAGGCGCUGGCAGCCGCCAUGAUGCUGACCGCCCACAAGCGGCCGCCAUCUUCAGUCCGGCAGCCAUCACCGUCUCCGGGCUCCUCACGGCCCUACCCUCCGCCCUCUACAAAGGCCCAGCUGAUCCUCGCCCACGGCUGCCAGCCAGACCCUUUCGCAUGCCCGCAGUCGUCCCUGCGCCGCGACCACCUCAAAGCUGGACGCCAUGGCAAAACGCCGCGAGGCUCCAUGCAGAACGUUUCCACGGCCACGUCGGCCUCGGUGUGGCGGCGUGACGGACGCUUCGUGUCGGGACCCACCAGCCCGCUGGACGAGCUGAGCAGCCUGUUCACCUCAGGGCGUAACAUGCUGAAGAAGGGCUCGUCCAGUGGGCGCAAGAGCAAAGAGCCCGGAGAUGGUGAAAAGAGUCGGAGUCACAGCACAGACAGUAAGGAGCGCUCUCACUCCUCCAGUCGGGACUCGCCGCAGACCACUCCCCUCGAAUGGGAUGGCCAAUCAGGACAAUCAGGAACACCCACGGCCACGCCCAGUCGCCUAGGCCGCUCCUCCGUCAGCCCCACCACCAUGCUGGGGGGAGGAAGCUCAGAACCCAAGGCAGUGUGUAAGCUUGGCCGCUCCGCCUCCACGUCAGGUGUCCCUUCGCCAGUGGGGACCCCCUUAAGACACGCCUCCCCCGAUGCAUUAGCCAAUCAGAGUGCCAGUCUUUGCCAGAUCCCCCCCCUGGCCUGGGCGUGUGGGGACAGCACCAUGAUGGAGAUGAUCGAGAAGAAGCGCACGCUGUGCCGCGAGAUCAAGUCCCGCCAGCGGCCCCUGGACAAGGGCCUGUGCAAGCAGGAGAGCAUGCCCAUCCUGCCCAGCUGGAAGAAGGCCAACGGGAGCAAGAAGCACGGACCGCCCCCCUACAACACCCAGACCACUGUCUUUUGGGACACUGCCAUCUGACAUGAACACACACACACACACACACACACACAGAUGUGUGUACAACCACAUACACUCCAGCCAAAGCAGGUAUGUAGACAUCCGAUGACUGACACAUGCAGUAAUGCACACAAGUAAAGUACACAUCCACUGAUACACACAUAUAUACACACACACACACACACACACACACACACACACACACACACACACACACACACGGACACAAGCACUGAUGCACACAGAAUGGCAGAAGCCCUUGCACAUAUACACACACCCACAGCACUGCAAAUAGGGGGGGUGGGGGGGUGGUGGUGGUUUGCACUGUCCAGGAGCCAAUCAGAGCGUGAGGAGUGUGACAGGAGGUGGAGGGACAGUUGUAGCAAACGCCCCGUCCAAUUGGUCCACUCUUCUCGUUUUCUUAUUGUUGUUUAUAUUGAGUAUUUUUGUAUGGGAUUACUGUCUCAAAUCUGAAACAUGAUGCCUAGCAUAAGUGGAUAUUUUAUAAAUGAGACACAAAAAAGAGAUAUGGGAUGCAAAGGUCACGCAGAGGUCACACGGAGGGGCGACCAAGGUCAUGAGAUUAUUGUAGAUUUUAGGGUUGGUUUUUGUCUGGUUUGUUUUUUUUCUUAUGUUGCAAUGACACUCGUGUGCAUUAAAGGAAAAAUAUAAUAUAUCUAUAUCUAUAUAUAUAUACAUAGGCAUAUAUAUAUAUAUUAUGGUGAAAUUAUGUCCAGUAAGUGCACUGCUGUUUUUAUGAGCAAAGAAUCUUAAAGAUGAAAAUAUGGACUGAAAAGAUCAAAGAUGUGCACUAUACAAAAACAAGACUAAACAACUUGGUGGGGAAGACUUUGUCAUGUCAGGUCAGAUAUCAGAGACUGGUGAUGGGGAGGGUUGAGCGUAUAAGGGAGUGUGUGAUCUGUCCCUUACUGAAACACACACACACACACACACAACACACACAUACAGUCAUAUCAGCUGACCCAGGCCAAGCAACAGGUGCUACAGAUGACACCUAGUAACGAUGACCACCUUGGCCCUCUGUCCUGAAGAGCUGACAUAAUCAUCAGGGGUCACGGAUGUCACCGAAGAAGGUCAACUGAACAUCAGCAAUGUGUUUACAAGGGAGUCUGGAGCCUCGGGAGAAAGUUACAUCACCAGUGAGGCAGGAGGAGGGGACUCCAUUACCAUGCCAACAGUACCAGGUUCAGAAACUGGAUCAGCAAAACCAUCUACAGCCAUGAACCGCUCUCAGCCAUCCUGAUCUGGUCUAUGCUUGUCUGAACCGGCUGAAGCCAGCCUGAACUGGUCUAAACGGAUCUGAAUGGGUCUCGAGCAGCACAUUGAUUUUUAGAGCCAUAUACUGUAUGUGAGCAUACUGUGACAGGAUGUGAUGUCCCACGUGCACUUCCUGUCGCGCUGUCACCAAAUGAUGUCAUAGCGUUGCCUGAGAUGCCCACGGUGUCCAUGGAGAUCUGUGUGUGUAUGUGUCCUACCAGCGUGAACUGUGCCAAUGGGUUUAAAAAUCAUGGAAUGACGGGGAUGGGGAUUCAUGUCUACAGCAUGUAAAAGUUGUGAUUCCUAAAUGGCUAUGUGUUCCAUCACUGGUUGAACUUGCAAUGUGGUCAUGACUGCAUGGUUGAGUGUGUCAUGUGACUGUUUGGUGAUAGGCCAUUUUGUGUCAUGUGAUCGAUCAAUGAUUGCAGCUGGUUGUCAUUCUUCAGAGGGACCAAUGCAAUUGGACAUCUGCUCACUAAUAAGGGUGGAGUCUGUACAGACUUAAAAAAAUACAUUACCCAUAAUCAUGCGACAUCUUUACUGAGUGUGUCGACACAACGCUAAUCUUUAGACACUACCCUGGUGAGCCAGCAUGAGAGCAGGUUUUUCAGACCUCAGUGGACGAAACUUAAACAAAAACUAAAUCCUGGAGUACUUAUCAUAAAAUAUACUUAAGAUAAUAUAUGUAGUUUAGAUAUGGAAUAGUGUAAAACCAUGACCCAUGGUGGCCCUUCAGGAUGGGGUGUGACAUCACUCUCCUGCACUCUACACGUUUGCACUGCUGUAGGUAGAAUGACUAGAACACUAGAGGAUCAUGGGAAUUAUGCAGAUUGCUCAGGGGAGAUACUGACCACACCCCCAGGUGAUUCCCCAAAGCUCCUCCCCCUUACAUACCAAUGUCAAAUCUGUUUGAUCAACCCUGCUCUCUCUCUUCCUCACAUGUUUAAAUGCGCAUGCAAACACACACACACACACACACACACUUUGAACAACUGCAACACACAGACACACUACAACAGACAUCCAAUAAACACAAUGCACACUCACACAGACACACACUUAUACACACACACUUAUGCAUCCUCAUGGCCAGUAGACACAGACAUGUGACAUGCGUUGCCUUGGAGACCAGGGUUCACUGUGACAAGGAGUGGGGAUCAUCUGUGGAGGGUCAAAGUUCAUCAGAGAGGACCUGUGUCGAAUGUCGAAUGUGCCAACAAAAGGGCACAUUCACAUUCGACACAACUACAACAACACAUAGACAAACAAACACAAACAACAUAGUAUUUAUCAGAGAGAGAGAAACUAAAUUGAAGUCAGAUGGUACAUACUAGGACUUUAAGUACUGGAUCCAUGCUAGUUACAGUGUCAGUGCCGCUUGAAGGUCUUUAAAACAUGGUGGACCAUCAGGACCAGGAUGUGUGGACCUGGCUUGGAUCUACCCUCUGAUUGCAGAGAGGGUGUCAUACAAUGCGUUCCACAGCUAGAACACUAAGCACCUCUUAGUACAAGAUCUUUUCUGAUAGAUGCUGGGGCAUGUUUUCACCUCUUUGAAUAUUAGGUUACACAACCUUUGCUACAUGCAUCCACAAGUCUAUACCAACUAUUCAGUGAGAGAAAGAGGGCAGAGCAUUAAAUUCGGAUCCAGACCAAAAAAAAAGUUCUUAAGCCAUCGAUGCUUUGCCACUUGAGUUUCACACCUACCCUCUCAGAGUUCUGAGGAGCUUCUAGCUUGAGCAUUCACUCACCUCAGCUACAGUGGAGGGCUCCCAGAAACAUCUGGUAUCUGCCCCCCCCCCCGCUUCCCCUGAGCCCUUUUUCUUAUCAUGGAGGGUCAAACGAGCUCGUUAAGCACUAACGAGGAAACCAGACAAUGGCUGAAGGAGGAAGUGUAAAUACGAGAACUCUCUUCUGUUUCCGUGGAGAUCCCCUCAGCCCUUUGUAGAGGUGGGUGAGCAGAGGUAGGCUGACUGGCCUGGGGGGGUGUGUGGGGGGGGGGUGUUGUCUCCAUGCCACGCUCCGUGAUGUCACCGUCUGUGGUUGUUCUUGCA